AUGUCGUUUCUAGAACUUAUUCUAAUUGAAUUCGUGUUUGGAAUGAUAAGGAAAAUUGAGUUUGCCAAAAUGUCGACGGCGAUGGACAUAUUUCUGAGCGCGACGGACUCGCUGUCGUUCCCCGACAUCCUCGACAUCGACAUCAAAUCGGAGAUCGACACGCUCGCGGGCGCUCCCAACGACUUCUCCGGCUUCAAUUUCAACGACAUGCCCCCGCUUGAGAUGGACGACGUCCACGACAUACGGUGGUUCAAUUCUAAUUCCAACCAUUCAAACUUGGACUUUGGCGAAGACGGACCGGCCAUGGUGAAUCCCAAUGCCGUCAUGCCCGUCAUGUCUUUGGCCCAAAGCAUAAGGUCUCCUUCGCCUACGUUGAAAGAGAGCCACCUGACGUUCUCGCCGGCCACGAUAAAAAUAGGCGCUUUCAAAGCGGAAAAGUCUGUAGUUAAAAAGGACCUGUCGAGUAAAUUGAGCGAAGCCAUCGAAAGGAAACCCAUCAUCAAAACCGUUACGAAAGUAACGCCCGUACUAGCCAAAUCCGUCGUCAAAACCAUCACGAAAACUCCCGCCAUUCUAACUUUUAGGAACGCAAUAAACAAGUCGAUCAACGUGACGCCGGUGAGCAAUAUCGCGGCAUUGCGAACGGUCGCUUCGUCUACCAUCAACCGGAAGCUCGUCAACAGGGCGAUAUACGACGACGAGCGGGCCUUUCCAAAGCCUGCAUACAGCUACAGUUGCCUGAUAGCCAUGGCGUUGAAGAACAGCCGAUCGGGCAGCCUGCCCGUAUCGGAAAUCUACAAUUUCAUGUGCAGGCACUUCCCCUACUUCAAGACGGCGCCCAACGGCUGGAAGAACUCCGUCAGGCACAAUUUGUCAUUGAACAAGUGCUUCGAGAAGAUCGAGAAACCCGCCAUGAACGGCGUCCAACGCAAGGGUUGCCUGUGGGCGAUGAAUCCCGCGAAAAUCAGCAAAAUGGACGAGGAGGUGCAAAAGUGGUCGAGGAAGGAUCCGCAAGCCAUUAAAAAGGCUAUGGUGUAUCCCGAACAUCUGGAGGCUCUGGAAAGAGGCGAAAUGAAGUUCUCUUGUUCGUACGACGAGGGCGAUAAUUUCGGGGAUUCCUGCGGCAGCGCCGAAGAACAGAGCGAAGAGGGAUCGGAUUUCGAGCAGGAAAUCGAAGAGGCUCCGGUGGUGGUCAAUUCGCAGUACGAAUACAUCCAGGUUAAAGAAGAGGAUACGUCCGAUUUGGACAUAGAGGCAUCUGAUGGGGCGUACGAAGAGCUCGAGGACGAUCAGGAGCUGUUGAGAGUCGAGAUGGCGUUGGCGCAGAAGGAGCUGUUGGCCUACGAAAGGACGGUGAAUAACAAAAGGAGGAGGACAUUUAUAUUGCAGCAUUAG